GUUAGUCAGAUUAAGCUGGUAUCUGUGAACUUAGCCAUGAAAUACAUGAAAAGAGUAUCGGCUGAGCUCGAGAAAGUGUCUGGAUUCCCCGAAGAGGAGGAGCUGAUAAUCCAAGGUGUUCGUUUCGCCUUUCGAGUACACCAGUUUGCUGGGGGAUUUGAUGUGGAAACAAUGAGGGCUUUCCAGGAACUAAGGGACAAAGCAGAUUGGUGUCAUAGUAGAAGUGAAAACAAGCAAAAUGAAAGAUAUAACAGGUCUAAUAUUUUGUAGUAAAUUUCUGAUUAUUAUUUUGUAGCAAGCAAACUCAGCUUCAUUGUGUGUGUUUUUUAGUAGGCAUUAUUAUUUGUAAAUCCAUGUAUGUUUAAACAUUGUUGUCAUUUAUAGACAUGGGUUGUCAAAUUGUUGUUGUUGAUUGAAUGUGACAUUUAAAAGAUAUGGUAAUUUAUUUAUUUAUUUUUCAAUUUCAA